CCCACCCCUCCGGAGCGAGUUCGGUCCUGGCGUUCAUUUCAUUCCUGUCCUCAUUCCGAACAUUCUUAGCAUCGCUCGCGCCGCACCGCGCCGCCCGAGCCGAGCCGAGCCUCUGCUGCCGCCGUCGCGGCCCCGCCGCCCGCCGCGGGCGCCCACCAAGCACUUUGCAGACUCGCUUCCACCCUGCGGGCCAUUCCGCGCGGCGGGGCCCGGGCCCGGGGCGGCCGCGUCCAGGGACAGGCCAUGCAGUGACGCCCCCCCACCCCUCCACCUUUGCCCGGAGCGCGGGCAACAGCCCAGCGCGCCCAGCCGGCCCCGGGGCAGGAGCGGUGCUAGGCAGGGGUGGGGUGGCCGGGCCCGGGGACCGGGAGCCGGGGAGGGAGCCGGGCACCGAGCAGAGGGCGGGGGAAGCGGCGCUGAAGUUUGCCUUGGACUCGCCGGGCGUUGCGGCGGCUCCCUGGGCCGAGGUUUAUUUUCUUGAAAAGACUCCAGGCUUCGGCUUGGAAAAUCCCACCGCCAAAAUUGAGCCCAGCAGCUGGAGCGGCAGCGAGAGCCCUGCCGAAAACAUGGAAAGGAUGAGCGACUCUGCAGAUAAGCCAAUUGACAAUGACGCAGAAGGGGUCUGGAGCCCCGACAUUGAGCAGAGCUUUCAGGAGGCCCUGGCUAUCUAUCCGCCAUGUGGGAGGAGGAAAAUCAUCUUAUCAGACGAAGGCAAAAUGUAUGGUAGGAAUGAAUUGAUAGCCAGAUACAUCAAACUCAGGACAGGCAAGACGAGGACCAGAAAACAGGUGUCUAGUCAUAUACAGGUCUUAGCAAGAAAGAAAGUUCGAGAAAUUCAAGCCGCCAUUAAGGUGUCUAGUCACAUUCAGGUUCUUGCCAGAAGGAAAUCUCGUGAUUUUCAUUCCAAGCUAAAGGUAACAAGCAUGGAUCAGACCGCAAAGGAUAAGGCCCUGCAGCACAUGGCGGCCAUGUCCUCAGCCCAGAUCGUCUCGGCCACUGCCAUUCACAACAAGCUGGGGCUGCCUGGGAUUCCACGCCCGACCUUCCCAGGGGCGCCGGGGUUCUGGCCAGGAAUGAUACAAACAGGGCAGCCAGGAUCCUCACAAGACGUCAAGCCUUUUGUGCAGCAGGCCUACCCCAUCCAGCCAGCGGUCACAGCCCCCAUUCCAGGUUUUGAGCCUGCAUCAGCCCCAGCUCCCUCGGUCCCUGCCUGGCAAGGUCGCUCCAUUGGCACAACCAAGCUUCGCCUGGUGGAAUUUUCAGCUUUUCUUGAGCAGCAACGAGAUCCAGACUCGUACAACAAACACCUCUUCGUGCACAUUGGGCAUGCCAACCAUUCUUACAGUGACCCAUUGCUUGAAUCAGUGGACAUUCGUCAGAUUUAUGACAAAUUUCCUGAAAAGAAAGGUGGCUUAAAGGAACUAUUUGGAAAGGGCCCUCAAAAUGCCUUCUUCCUCGUAAAAUUCUGGGCUGAUUUAAACUGCAAUAUUCAAGAUGAUGCUGGGGCUUUUUAUGGUGUAACCAGUCAGUACGAGAGUUCUGAAAAUAUGACAGUCACCUGUUCCACCAAAGUUUGCUCCUUUGGGAAGCAAGUAGUAGAAAAAGUAGAGACGGAGUAUGCAAGGUUUGAGAAUGGCCGAUUUGUAUACCGAAUAAACCGCUCCCCAAUGUGUGAAUAUAUGAUCAACUUCAUCCACAAGCUCAAACACUUACCAGAGAAAUAUAUGAUGAACAGUGUUUUGGAAAACUUCACAAUUUUAUUGGUGGUAACAAACAGGGAUACGCAAGAAACUCUCCUCUGCAUGGCCUGUGUGUUUGAAGUUUCAAAUAGUGAACAUGGAGCACAACAUCAUAUUUACAGGCUUGUAAAGGACUGAACAUGGUUAUUUAUAUAUAUAGAUAUCUGUAUAUACACACACACAUAUGUGCACACACACACACACACUCUCUCUCCAUUAUCGAAUGACUGACUGUAAACCUCACCACACAGGGUGGUGCCCUGGCCCCGAGGUCACCCCAGCUUUUCUAAAUCCUGUUUGAGUGAAGUCAUUUUUUCAUGUGUUCAUACUAUCAUGGUAGCUGUGAAGUUCUGGUACAGUUGUAAAAAGAGAAAUUGAGUUGUUUCUGUAUGUUCUUCAAAUGUGCAGCCCACAGUUCCUCGGGAAAGGUGAACCUGAACAACCCAAGUCUCUCUCUGCAGAGCCCUGUUUCUAAUUGUGGUAGAAAAUAUUGAGACAGAGCAUUUGCCAUGGGACAUUUACAGCCUUUAUACAAAUGUAUUUAGUUCUCUUUUUUCCAACGUAAAAUUCUUGUUUUAAGAUACAAGUAAAAUUAAUCUUUAAAUAUAAAUGUAAAUUAGUACACAAAACUAAGAAUCUUUAGACUUAUCUUUGUAACUAAUUAGGGUGGAAGUUAUGAAAGAAUGUAAUUCACUAAAUUAUUUUUUAAAUGAAACCUUUUUUUUUUCUUUUUGAAACCAAAUGUUAAACUAUAGCCUUAAGAAAUGCUUGGUAGAAGUGUCCUAAUGAGACAGAUUUGUACUUUUUUUCCUCAAGGUUAACACUAAUCUCCUAAUCCAUUAAACUCUUGAACAGGUAUUACAAAGGAAGAAAACUUCACCCCUUACCCUUAACAUAUAUAGUAUAUUUAAAAAUAUAAAAUUGUAUUGUACUAAUGUGAUGAUUAUUUAAUGAAAAAGAAAAGAUGGCUCUUUUUGCAAUAAGUAGAUACAUACUGAAAAAAAUCUAAACUUACAAUGUUUAUAGUCUUGUGUGUGCAGUUAUAUUUUAUAUGGACAACCAAAUUUUUUAUUAUGCUGAGUAAAUAUUUGAACCACUGAAUUUUAAUAACAAAAUUUUUAAAUUGGCAUGAAUACUGCACUUUGAGAUGCAAACUAUAGAGAAUUCUGUGGCUGGGAGAAAAUUUAAUCAAACAGACAAGUAAAAGGCUCAUCAGUUUUAGCAUCUCUGCUCCGCAGAAAACUAAGCAUCCUCUCUAGCCUGUGGAUACAUUCUUUAUUUCUGGUGACCCAAUAUGCAUAUUAACCUGCUGUAACUAGAGGCCUGUGUAUAUGUAUGUGUAUACAUAUACACACAUGCACAUAUAGUUAUUCAACACAUUUAGUGAACACUUGUUUAGUGUCACUCAGUUUGCUAGGUGCUGAUAUGUAUGUAUAUCUCAAUCUGUGUCUGUAGACUUAAAUACAUCCUCUCUAAUAACAUUCAUUUCCUUAGCAUCUUUCAGUAAGUUACAGUUCUUGUUUGACUUAGGUUUAAGAGGCCCAGCUACCUCUCUCUGAUUUUUUUCAAAUAAUAGGCUCAUUUGGGAGAUUCUCUUUCCAGGAGAGAUUCAACUUUCCAAUCUAAGUAUUCCAGAGCAUUGCCCAGACAGAGUUGGUUAGAUGUGGCCUGGAUGUUUUGAGUUAUUUCCGUAAGUGUUUCACUGGGGAGAGAACAGGGAGUAUCCCUCCAACUUCCCAAAGAAAUAGGUUUUUAUAAGUGGUAGGAAUAUAUGAACACAAUAGAACAUGAAAUAAGUUUCGUAGUUUCUAAAACAUGUCAAGAUUUUUCCACCAAGCUAGAAAAUAAAAAACUUAGUUCUGCCACAACCAAGUAACUUACACGCCCCCUUCCCUAUCUCAACACCUGCAUUGACCCUGCUUGUGUUAAUACAACAGUCAACAUCUGUGGUCCUGAACAAGAUGUUCAGCUGGCUCAUGGGAAACACCACAACACUGACUAAGCCUGACCUCUCCCAAACGCAUCCCUGGUCAUUGGGAAGACCAGAGGAAAAAGUGCAAAAUUGUCCCCAUUUGGAAUGCCUGUUCUUCUGUAACCCAGUUGGAUAGUGCUACUCUGCCCGUCAUAAAGAGAUACUGUUGGUUCUCUGAUUCCAGGCUGCCCUGUGAAGGAUUGCCCCAGGUAUCCCCUUUCACAGUCACCACAUUUGCAAUGACUUGUUGAACAUCCCUCUUAGGGAUGUUUCUUUUGCUUUUAUAUCCUGCAUCUUUCCUUAAGGGAAGACCCAUCCUCUCCCAGGACCCAGGAGUAUAUGACUGGGCAAGUACAGAGGUUUGCCAAGCCAUCCUAGAACUUCAGUGGGAGAGAUAACUGGUUCAUAUUCUACCCAGGAAUGGGACUUUUCAGUGCAGCCAGACAGGCUCUUGGGAUUUACUUUUCAAAGCACAAAAAUAUUGGGACCCAAGGACAACUCUCUUUGUGCAGACAUGGACACAGCCCAUUCUGCUGACCUCACAGAGUCAGCUGGGCCCCCUGGUGCUUUACGCCCUGCAUCCUCUUGCUCAGAAUAUGCCUUUGCAGUUGAGUUUUCUGGAUUUCUAUGAUUGACCUUGAAGUUUUCCUCCUUGCUCUUAACAUCUAAAGAUUUUUAAGAGUUUAUUUCUUAUCUUAUUCUUCUAAAGCUUUCUCCAGGACAGAUAUUUUCUGUCUUAACCACUGGUCCAGUCACCCCAGUGGGCUUCUCUUUGUCUCUCCCAGAUUAGACCCUUGGAUGCGAUUGGCAUCACAACAUCUAAUCGGAGUCUGUCUUUUGUCCUUCAUUCUGUAAGGCAGUCUCCAUUUGUUGUAAAAGCUUUCUAAAGCAUACUAAAGAAGCCUUCCCAGAGCCCUGUCUCACUGCUCCUCCAGGUGCUCUAUCUCCUCGAGACCCUCUGGUGCCAGGCUUGCUUCAUGGCCAUCUUGUGCUUUCACUGCCGUUUGGGCGCCAGUUUUCCACAGCCUAAACGGGGAAGCUGUCAAACGGGGCUCUGGUCUGUCGGCAUUCAUUUGCAUCCUAGAGGCUGAGAAUAAAACCAGGACUUCCUCACACAUGUUCUGGAACCCCAGCAUGUAGAAGGUUUCUCAACCUUGACAGCACUGACAUUGUGGACUGGGCAAUUCUUUGUUCUGCAGAGCUGUCCUGUGCAUUAUGGGAGAUUUACUAAUAUCCCUGGCUUCUACCCAGUAGCACCUCUAGCACCUCUUCCCUCAGGUUUCACAACACAGCGUGUCUCCAGACAUUGCCAAAUAUCCCAUCAGGUACAAAAUGAUCCCAGGCGAGACCUCCUGCCCAAGAUCUUACAGGUCACAGUGACCACAUUUGAAAUUGUUUUCCUUCCAUUUUACCCCGUGAAACCAUCUCUCCCGGAGCCUUGUUUCACGUCACCAAGAGGCAGGUAGGAUUAUUAAGUGACAUUGUAUCUACGUUUCUUCCUGUUUCAAAACUUCUGUUUCACAACAAUUUCUCUCUCCCUACGAGUACCCUUUCACUCAGCCCUGGGGAAGUUGGAAACAGCAGGUCAGCUUCAUUCCUUAGUUUACUGGGGUUAAAAAAAAAAGUCUCAGCAAUUUUCCUUGUUUCUCAUGGGUUUCAUUAUCAAACCUUUACUUAUUUCAACAUAUUUCCUCUGGGCUUCUUCUAGUUUCUGCCUUAAAAUCAUUGCUGUUUUGUAAAUGUAUUGAAAUCUCUGGAACAUUUCACCUUUAGAGGUGGAAGAUGGAGGGAUUCACACCAGACGAGGGCUUAGAGAACUUUUCUUUCUUGAGCUGAAAGAGAGCACAGCCUACCUUCCUUCGUUUUGUCAUGAGAACGUUGAGAGCCAGAGGGGAGGUGACAUGUCCAGAGUCACCCAGCUGGUUAGUGACAGAAAAGGGUGAGACUUGUCUAGGGUUCCUGCCACUUUGAUCCUUGGCCUCUCCUGGGGGAGGCUGCUAUUCUUUGGUGCUAGAAUGUGUGGGCAGGUCAGCUUAGGAGAGACGGAGAUUCAGGAUCCCCCUGUGCCAGAGCACAGCCUCACCAAUGCUGCUUCCCACGCCAGACUGUCCUGUCCCACCGUUGCUAUCUGAGGCAUCUACACAGGCAGGAAAGCUGGUGAGCCGUUUUACUUCCUGAGGACAAUUCCCCGGCCACAGGCUCUGAGUCAAAUUUCUAUUUGGUAAGCAUCCUAGCAGCAAAGUCCUGCACUCAGACCAGCCAAAAAACAGCCCCCGUUCCAAGUACUUGGUGUCAAAAGUCCCUGAAUGACUUUUAAACCCAAGUCUUCUUAAGGUUUCAGUACUGUGGUGGCUUUAGCAGUUGUUUUUGUGCAACUAUAAAUUAUUUAAAUCAUACGAGAUGACAGUCAACUUUACAAAUCAGGUACAUAUUAAUUUGUGUAAUUUUGUGUAUGCUCUGGUACACUAUACCUGAACUAACGAAGGGUAGAACUAAUUUCUGUUUGUCGGUGUUCACACCUGUGACAUUAGGAGGAUAUGUCUGCAUUGCUUAUUUCUUUAUUAUGUUGAUGUUUCUGUGGCAAAGCCCUGCACAUGGCAUUUCUGAAAAGCCUUAAAUCUUCAAGAUGUUGCAUGUAGGGUAUGCAGUGCAAAAGGCUGCCUCGGAACUGCGGGCCCUUUUGUAAGCUGGAAGCAUUUCUCUUACUACUGUUACUUUUGUAGGAAGUUUUCAAUUCAGAGCUGCCAAAGCGUUCCCAUAAGCAGUGCCUUAGUAAUACCUUAGUCAUGCCGCCAGCCUUUUCUUACACUGAUUGCUAAUGUUCAUUUACUAAUUGGCCCAAUAUUAGAAACAAAACAAGCAAAAAUUGUCUUCAUUUUAUGUUUUUUAAGCCCAUUUUUUUCUCCAGUUUAUAGGAAACUGACUACUUGGUCUAAAUCUGAAGCUGGGCACAAGUCAGUUCUUUCACCACACUCUCAAAUGUAUAUACCAAAACAAAAGGUUGCAACUUCAUAGUUUACUAUGAAAAGCAAAUUGUACUUUUUAAUGUUGCCUUUUAAAUUCAUGACCAAAUACUUAGCUAUUUGUGAAUCUUCUGCACUCUAGCAUGAAAGUGCCUUUGGUUUGAGAUUCCAGCUUAGAAAAGUGCUGCCAUAAUAACGAUAAUUUGUAGAGAGACCAAAAAUAUUUUGAGAUCACCGUAAUGCCUUUGGUUUACCGGGAUGAGUAACCAACCACAGGCCUCUGUUCACAAGAGCACGACGUGGUCCCCGCCUGCUGCUAGUCUGUCUGCCAGUGGGGACCCCCCACCAUCUAUAGCACACUGCAGCGGAAGGACCCCAGAAACUGUUGUGUUUGUGUGUGCCGAUGACCCAGUGUGUCAUUUCACCUUGUCACCCAGCCCUGCGUCCAGAUGAGGGGACUUCCGCACAAACGACAGAAUCUCGGCCGGUGGACAGAUAUUACAGCUUUCUCCUUCUCCUUGUUUCAUGUUCAGUCUCUGUGGAGACUUUCUUUUCCAUUCAAAUGACAGUGCGCACUUAUCUGGUUUACACAAUGAUACCAUUUUGAAAGUUGGAAGGCUCAAACUGAGAAGACAGUGCAGAACAAAACAAAAAUGAGUUAGGGUUGUUACAAUUGAAGUCUUCUUAGGGCAAACAUAUUGACUCCGAGUAUCGUGUAUGAAUGUGCUACGAGAAACUUCCAAAGAGCACCAUUCACAAUUUGGCAUUUUCAAAGAAUGUUCCAGCCCCCGAAGGGACAACUCUUUAAAGUCCUUGUUGGCUUUUAUCCAAACCUUGUAGAAAUUGGGAAAACUGUUAGAGGUAAGGAAGAGGAGUGAAAAGGACAAGAAGGCCAAACACCAGCCAAAAAGAAGCCAGGAAAAAAAGAUUUUUCUUUGCUAAUAUAAAUGUAAAAAUAACAUCAGACAUCUUUGAAAAUUAGCCUCUAAACUCCUAAUACAUAUGUUCUGUCUGUCUCUAUCUGGUGUCUUUAAGAAUAUCCUCUCUGGGCUCUGAAAUUUUAGGAGUGAUUCCUAUCCACUCCAAGUUGUGAGUAUUUAUAGAAAUUUGUGCAAACAAAAACUAUCAAAUGAAAAUGUACUGAACCUAAGUUAGAGUUAGCUGCUUAAAUUCUCAGCUCCUCCCUGCCUGCACUACACCACAGUGUGGAAGAAAUUAGUCAAAUGCUGUUUUCCCGCUUCUCUUUUCAACUGUUACUGUGCUUUGUUUGACAAUAGUUCUCCCUCAUAAAGUCAUUGCUUAUAUCAUUAAGAAUGAAGGUUUGUGUUUAAAAUUUAUUGCAUUGCAAAGGGUAGUUUCACUGAAGUCAUGCACCGUUAAAUAAGAUGAAACAUUUGUAUUUAUUGUCCUACUUCCUAUGCCUAAGUAAUUUCUUUUACUCUGUGAAUUUGCAUUGAGUCACUCACAUGCCACACUCUACAUCGUGUUAGUAUUGGAGAUGGCUUUUAUGUUUCCUCUCGCUCAUCAUUAAAUGAGGUCAGAUUCCAUUAGAUUCCACCUCUCUCAGGUUGACUCUUUUGUCUGCCUUCCAUGAUGAGAUUGUUUCUCCUUCCCCCUUCUCUAAGACAGGCUGACAGAUCUAGGUGUUAAUCAAUUAGAAACCAGUCUGAUUUUUUUCAUUAGUCAUUUUCUGUCAUUAGUUUCACUGUGUAAAUUAGGUAUCAACUGCACUUCCUUAAAGAAACAAAAAACAUCUCCCUGUUACCUCCUUGAAAGAUUUACUUCUGUAGGCCUUUUUCAAUAGGCUCAUGACUGCAGACAAGGGAAAAAAAAGUAAAAACAAAAACAGUACGUGCCUGAAAAUGACAAAAAAAUUUUUUGUAACAUUUAAGAAAGAAACCUGAAUAGCCUUUACUUCUUCAAUAAUACACUUAAAUUUUACGUAAAUUGGUUUUUGCCACGUGUGUUUGUUCACAUUCUAAAUGACUUAAUGGGAUUCUCUCAGUCUGUGUCUGUGUCACGUGUAUAAAAUGGGCUUGUGACGUAAGCGUUUCAUCUGGUCAGUGGUUCCUUUGAUAUUGUACUGCUGCUGGGAGUGGGCUGUGGAACUUGCCUUCGGGUAACUGGGUUCCUCUUGGGUAGAUUGGAGAGAUGGGGGUGGGCAUGGGCAAAUUCUCACACACGUUUUCUUAACCUAUUUGCAGAAACUUUCAAAAGGCAUUUGAUUAAACCUCUUGGCAGUACAGUAUUCUUGUAUUUGUUAACGUCUGUGUUUAGGUACUGGUACCUUUUUGUUUUAAAAUGUUCUAAGUGUUGGCUUUAAAGUGAAUUUAUCUUUAGUAUGAUAGUUAUAUGAAAAUUAUAGGAUUUGUGUGCAGAGAAUUUUUUUAUAAAGUGCUUUGUAAAAAAAAAAAAAAUGUAUUCUAGCUUUUGCGGUACAUAUGUGUGAUAACUUUAAUAUCCAUGACAGUUAAGUGCAAUUAUUUCAUCACUCUAAAAAUGCUAUUUUUGUGUCAGUUCCUGCAGGUGUUUUCAUGUCUUUGCAAAGUGACACAUUUUGAUGCCUUCUUGAUAAAGUGGUAGACAUUUUGUAGCUUUCUAGAAACUUUGUAUUCAUACGGUAUCAAUGGAAAAUAAAGAAAAUGAAAGUGUGGGUCA